GUGUUACAAAUGACAAUGACCAGAAAACCUAAUUUACUGUAGCAAAUUUGUGUUGGUUUCCUUCAAAAUCAGUGCGGGCCGAAUUUGCCCAAAACCGGACCUGUUCCAUACACCAAAUUCCAUACAAGACAAAAUCCAUGAUGCGUUGUUGUUGAUACUUGUCAUUAAUUAUAAUUAGUGAUUAAUUAAAGUGUUUACAACCGUCAGUACCAAAGUGACUUAACUUAAUUAUUGUAGAAAUGAUCUAGACAACAUAACCUCAAAGAAACAUGAUAUGUCAAAGCAAGCAGUAAAUUGUUUCAGAUGUCAUGAAUCUCACCCUGUCGGACAGUUUAUUGGGGCGACAGAGGAGUCGACAAUGGACCCCCUUAGUAACACAACAGUACCGUCUACGUCAUGUCCACCAAAUAAUCGGCUUGAAUUUUCCGCCUAUACCGAAGAAGGGCAGUUACUACUUCACCCUCCACUUGACCACGAUGAGUUCGCCCUUCUACACAAGCGAUAAAAUCGAAAACGCCAACCCUAAAUGGCCCGAACUGGACCAACGCAAUUUGACGAAUUUGUCAACCACCGCCUUGGUUUUGCGCGUGUGGCGCCACGUUGGUGACUCCCCCGACACCAUAGUCUCCACCUGGGGGGUUAACCUAUCAGGGCUCAUCUACUUAGGGAGUAAAAUAGCUGAAAUCCAACCAGCUUUCUUUCACCCCAACACUGUGAUAUUUUCUAUAAGGGGCGGCUUUUUCACGAGUAGGCACGCCGUCAACGAGGAGGCCCCCAAAAAGCCCCCUUUUUUGGGCAACAUUAACGUCAUAGACGUGGGGGGCAAUAAGCAGAUUUUCAGGAAGACGGCCGUGCAAACGGCCAAAAGUGAGGUUAGGGGUAGUUACAAUAUCAACAAACUGAGGAAAUUGCACAGUUUACAAGUCACUAUUAAAAAUAAGGGCUUGGACGUGCAAGUGGUUAGGGAAAAAAUUGAAGUCAAGUGUGGUACCAACAGUACUGAAACAAACUCUCCAGAGAGUACCCAAAUUUCUAGUCCCUCUAAUAUUAGGUACGCGCCGCAGUUACUUACCAUGAAGUCGGUCAAUAAAAUGCUGGAGCAAAAACCGACCAAAAUGCAGAGAAAAGAAAUGGAAAAGAUGCGAAAUGAAAUCGAGAUUGAAAAAUUCCGUAGCAAAUUACUAUCGCAAGAGCGCGAUAAAAAAUCCGCCUUGAUUCGGCGUUUCAAAAACAAACUAAAGGAGUUGGUAGAACUUAACGAGAAAACAAACAUGGAAUUAAUGGAUAACUACUACAAACUGAGCCGUGAGAGUGAACAGUUGCGAAAAAUGAAAAAAGACAUGGCUUGCAGUCAGGAGUUAUUGAUGACUUUGUACACACAAUUGCACCAACGUCGCAGACAAUUACUCCAACAGUUGUUAUUCAUCUAUCCGAUACAACAAGUCUCAGAAAAGAAAUACACAAUUCAUGGGAUUUACCUCCCGAAUUCGGACAUUUUGUCAGACUGCUCCGAUUUGGGCAUUUCUGUGGCUUUGGGUUACAUCACCCACGUGUUACUGAUGACUUCCACGUUCUUGCAAGUGCCCUUACGUUACCCGAUGACGCAUUACGGGUCAAGGUCAUACAUCACCGAUCACGUGUCGCCGAUUUUACCCGACCGCGAGCGAGACUUUCCCCUCUUCACCAAAGGCAAAGAAAAAAUUCAAUUCACUUACGCUGUCUAUUUAUUAAACAAAAACAUAGCGCAAUUGCGGUGGCUGUAUUUUAUGCACACCCCUGAAUUGAAAGCGACGUUGCCGAAUCUACUGACUUUCCUUGAAGGGCGCGACUGUAGGGAAACCCUACCUUUGGUUACGAUUAGUUUAGGUUUGAAUGCGGAAGUUGAGUGUCAUCGGGGACCGGAAGUGAAAAUUAGCGAGGAGAAAUGUCUCGAGUGCCCGAAAAAAAGUAGGGUUUUAAGGAGUAGUGAGUGUGGGCCGGGCUUAAGCGAGAUUUUGGCCAUUCCGGAGGCUUUCAUGAAUAAGCAGAUCACGUCGGAUUCCUUCAAGAAUUACAUCGCUUCGAAAAAAACAGCAGACGAGGCCAGCGCGUCAAUCGUCAUAAAACAAGGCGUCGUGGACGAAAAUACCAAAAACUGUGAUACUAGCGAGGAAGCGAUUGAGCAAGGGACGGAUUUGCUUGACCCCUCUGUAGAUUUGGCAGAUUUGGCGGGUAAUUUAAACGGGGACAAGCCAGGAGACAUGUCCGACCCGGAAAUCCGCAAAAUGGACGACAGUCAGACGGAACUUUUGGAAAAAUGGAUGAAAAACGGCACCUCCUCCGAAUGUUGCAGCAAGGAAACGUGUGAAAAAUUCCCCGAGAUUGCAGUACAAAGUGUCGAUAGUCCGCUGAUGGCAAGGACGGACGCAUUGCGUACCACGAAAUCGUUCAACUUGGUUAAGCCGAAACCGAACUUGUGAUUGUUUUAUCGAAUUAUUUAAGAUUUUAUUAUUUAAUACAUCCUUGUUUUCACUUAGAGAAGUUAUUGUUUAUUUCAAAUGAAUUUACACAAUAAAUAUUUAUUCCAUUUUA